GCGUUCGGUUUUCAAUUUACGAAGUUUUUAAUAAUAAAAAAAUAAUGGCAAACUAUUUGAAUAAUAUAUCCGCCAUGUUGUAUGGGUGCAUACAUUUAAUAUUGUGCUUGAAUAUCGUGCAAGGAGUCCUCUGGAAUAAUGGCAUUGUUCAUUAUGCAAUAAACAGUAAGGACUAUGAUGUGCAUUCCCAAGACAUAAUAGUGUCGACUCUAUCACAAAUACAAGAGAGUUUAUGCAUAAAAUUCUUUAAAAUAACGCAGGACUUCAACACAACGGCGAAAGAUAAAAUUCUGUACAUAAACAAUCCUAAUAAGAUGAAAACAUGUUCGCUCAGUGUUUAUGAUUUUAGUAAGAAUGUUGUGGAGAUGCCUAUAGGCUACAAAUGUUUGAAUCAAAAGGACAUCGCGAGGAUUGUUGUCGAAAUGCUACGAGCAAGCAUUGAUUCAAGUGGCGCCGCAGUAAAUAACGACUUAGAUGACAGAUUUGCGGGAAAGAAGGAUCUAAUAAAAUCAUUAAUACCUACGAAAGAUAGAAACUUCAUAAACUCUCACUACAAGUCGGAAUGUGGACUGAUAGCCCCUCCAUUAGUGCCAACUGCACGAAGGCGUGUACAAGAAGACAACCUGGACACGUCGCAACCCAGUCAUGCCAACUUAAAUUAUUACAGAGACAAGCUGUGGCCUUUGGGCAUAGUUUUGUACGGGGUAGCGGAGAAGUUGGCUAACACUCAAGAUUUCAAAGCUCUAAGACACGCAAUGACAACAAUAGAGCUUUCAACGUGUGUAGUAUUCCAAGAAGUCGUAUUAGAUGACGUUUUGUUACCAAAAAGCUAUAUAUGGUUCGACGGAAUAGGUGAAGAAAUGCCGAGGUUUGGAUUCGUUGCAGGCAAGCAGACAAUAAAGCUGUCUUCAAUGAUCACUGGGACUCCAGGUCACACCGCGCAUACCAUAAACAACCUCUUGAGGAUACUGGCAAUACCAAUGAUGUCAAACCGAUACGACCGUGAUAAUUACGUCGUUAUAAACUGGAGCAACGUUGAUAUGGGUAAAGAACAAUAUCUAGAAAGGUAUCCAGAAGAAGCAUGGAUCGUACAGUUGCCGUAUGACUUCGGAAGCGUCACUCAUGCCCCCGCCAACUAUAUGUGCGGCAACUGCGACCUUGGGGGCGCCACUGUGCAGCCUAUACAGGAUAAACUAUGGCAACGCACUUUGUCUAUGGGACAUACCAAAGAGUUAAGCGAGUGGGACAUAAAACUUGUGAAUUUGUUGUACAGUAGUCAAUGUAGUAAGAAAUUACGGUAAUAAAACA